UUAGGUUUUUAAAUCUGGAUGAUUCGCAUUUCUGACUUAUUUGAGAUGCGUCCACAUUUACUGAGAGUUUUCCACGCUGAUCAUCAUGUCUGGUUUUGACCUGGUCUCUGUGGACAGACCCUGCAGGAUCCGCAUGCUGCUGGUCCUGGUCCUCCUCGGUCCGGGUCUCACACUGGGAGCUUCCAGGGAUUUGGUUUGUGAGCAGAUCAUGGUGCCCAUGUGCAGAGGCAUCGGCUACAACCUGACCUACAUGCCCAACCAGUUCAACCACUACACCCAGGAGGAGGUGGGACUGGAGGUGCACCAGUUCUGGCCACUGGUCCGGAUCCGCUGCUCGCCGGAUUUGCUGUUUUUCUUGUGCAGCAUGUACACCCCAAUCUGCCUGCCGGACUACCGCAAACCUCUGCCGCCCUGCCGCUCAGUGUGUGAGCGCGCCAAACGGGGCUGCUCCCCGCUCAUGAGCCAGUACGGGUUCGAGUGGCCCGAGAGGAUGAGCUGCGAGCGGCUCCCCCAGCUGGGCUACGAGACCCUGUGCAUGGACCAGAACAGCAGCGAGACCACCACGCUGGCUCCUCUGUUCCCCAAACCCACCACAAAAGGCCGGACGAGACAACCCAGCACCCCUCAGUGUGACCAGGAAUGCCGGUGCAAAGACCCCCUGGUCCCCAUCAAGAGGGAGUCCCACCCCCUGUACGGCCGGGUCCAGACUGGACCCCUGCUCAACUGUGCCCAGCCCUGCCACCAGUCCUACUUCUCUGCAGACGAGCGAGCCUACACCAGCUUCUGGGUCGGCCUUUGGUCUGUGCUGUGCUUCAUCUCCACCCUCAUGACCGUCGCCACCUUCCUCAUCGACAUGGAGCGCUUCAAGUACCCGGAGCGGCCCAUCAUCUUCCUCGCCGCCUGCUACUUAUUCGUCUCGUUGGGUUACAUCAUUCGGCUGGUGGCGGGUCACGAGCGGGUGGCGUGCGGCGGCACCGACCAGCUGCACAUCCUGUACGACACCACAGGCCCCACCCUCUGCACGCUGGUCUUCCUGUUGGUGUACUUCUUCGGCAUGGCCAGCUCCAUCUGGUGGGUGGUUCUGUCCUUCACCUGGUUUCUGGCGGCGGGGAUGAAAUGGGGCAGUGAAGCCAUUGCCGGAUACUCGCAGUACUUCCACCUCGCUGCCUGGCUCAUCCCCAGCAUCAAGUCCAUCGUGGUGCUGGCGCUCAGCUCCGUGGACGGGGACCCCGUGGCUGGGAUCUGCUAUGUAGGGAACCAGAGUCUGGAGACCCUGCGGGGUUUUGUCCUUGCGCCGCUGGUGGUUUACCUUUUCAUCGGCUCACUUUUCUUACUUGCUGGGUUCGUUUCUCUUUUCCGCAUCAGGAGCAUCAUCAAGCAAGGUGGCACAAAGACGGACAAGCUGGAGCAGCUGAUGAUCCGGAUCGGGCUCUUCACGGUGCUGUACACCGUCCCGGCCACCAUCGUGGUGGCCUGCCUGGUCUACGAGCAGCACUACCGGCCCGGCUGGGAGCGGGUCCUGGCCUGCUCCUGCCUGUCAGAGCGUCAGCGCUCGGGCCUGGGUCCGGACUUCGCCGUCUUCAUGGCCAAGUACUUCAUGUGCCUGGUGGUGGGCAUCACCUCAGGGGUCUGGAUCUGGUCAGGCAAAACCCUGGAGUCCUGGAGAAGGUUUGUGAUUUGCCACUGCCCCUGCUGGCAGCAGAAGGCCACUGCAGCUCCCUCCAUGUACAGUGAGGCGAGUACGGCCUUAACGGGUCACACUGGAAGUGGAGCCACAGCGGGUUUGUACCACAAAGCCGCCCUGUCUCACAUAUGAGUAGAUCGGAUGGCUCGGCUCGUUUGAAGA